UAACUAGGGUAGUUAAAUUAACUAAGAUGCUUAAGUUAAGAGGGUGGGCGGUGGGCCCUACUCAGGUAUUCCGUUACGGAAUGCCCCCCCAUUCCAAAACUAAGCUACUUUCGGGAACGCGCCCCGUGCACGGGCCACCCCUUCAAUACUUUUACCACGCGUGAUUGCCACAAGUUCUUCUCUUCACAUCAACGUGCCAACAGUGCGUCCCUCUGAAGGUCGCUUGUUGAGUCAGACGUUGCAUGUCAGAACGUCUCUUCGCUAAACGGUCGCCAUGGCGAGUCAAUCCUUCGCUCCUGCGCAACCUGUAACGGAGCUUUUAGAACAACUUAAUCUCUACUUCAAUGAGCCGGAACCUGUCAUCAUCUGUCGUAUAUGCCAGUUUGCGCUCAGCGGCUCUAUCAAGCCGCUUGUAGACCAUGUUGUAGAUAAACAUCAAUACUCCAAGGAUUCAGCAAGAGAGCUAAGCCGACUCUUGAGACCAUUCACCAUCCUAGGACCGAAGGAGCUUCGCCUGCGACCAGAUCAUUCCCCUCCCCACCCGCAUCUCUUCAAGCAUCUUGGCAUGAUGUGCAAGCACUGUGGACAGAAGACAACGAGCGUUGAAAUCUUGAGACGCCAUCUGUCGAAGGAACACGGCGUAAAGCGGAAGACAUCGACAUGGCUUCGCAAGCAUGGAGUCGAUGGCCUGAUGCUCCAAAGUUGGGACCGCAACGGGACGUAUGGAUAUUGGAUUGUCCAAGCAGAUCCCUCAGCGUCUGCUGUCAGUACUUUCUGGUUGAGGUCGAUGUGAAACAAUUUUUCGUAGAGUUUGUUCCGCUUGGCCGUCCAGAUACCCUACACAGACUGAGCACAGACGUAGGCAACGCGGGGUUCUCACUUACCUUGCCACUGACUACUUGUGUGAAGUCGUUCACAAACUGGUCCGCUUCUUGCCAAUCCCGGAGCCGUUCUCCACCUCGGUUGAGAUAUUCGUCCAGCCGAUAGCCAAAUUUCCCCCACGACUGCCAAAUGACCGCUCCUUCUGGGCCGACAGCAAUAACGAACACGUGUGCAAAACUAAAAUGUAGUUGAGCUCUGCCCUGCUCCACAAGCUCAAAGAUAUGCACGUCUGUCAGGUUUACUGACAUGACCGUCGUACGUUUUCCGUCUCCGAAAGCAUCUUGCUUAGCUCUUCGAUACGCAGUGUCGAGCGACGCAGACGGUGUUCUAAGUAUAUGAUCCAAUGUCGGAAG